CCUCUCUCUCUCUCUCUCUCUCUCUCUAUACAUAUAUAUAUAUAUGGCCGCUAGCUAGCUGCCGUCGUCUUCUUUGAUUCGCCAGUUUCCUCCUCUGCGUUUCCAUUUCUCCAUAGAAAGAUAUUUAACUGUGAAGGAGAUCGAUCCUCAUGAAAUAAUCUCUCCUCUCUCUCUCUCUCUCUCUCUUUGAUAUAUAUAUAUAUGUGUGUGUGUGUAUUGUAUUGAUCGAGACAAGAUGAUGUACGAACAACAGCAGCAGCAUCCCGCCGCCUCCGUCGGGCGGCAGAUGAAUGUACGGAGGAGAUUCCCGGCGGUUGACAAGCAGCAGGAGAAGACGGCGGGGAUCGAAGAGGAGAGGCUUGCGAUCGUGGAUUUGAGCGGCAAGGCCUUGUCUUCCCUCCCUAACCCUUCUCUCACUAUUGGCGCCAUCUGCAAACUCGACAUCUCCAAUAACAAUCUUGAGAGCAUACCGGAAUCAGUGGCGGCGCGACUGCUGAACGUGGUGGUGCUUGACGUGCAUUCGAAUCAGCUGCAAUCCCUGCCAAACUCAAUUGGGUGUUUGUCAAAGCUGAAGGUGUUGAACAUGUCCGGCAACCUCCUCCAGACGCUGCCCAAAACCAUCGAGAACUGCAGGUCCCUCGAAGACCUCAACGCCAACUUCAACAAGCUCACCAAGCUCCCCGACACCAUGGGCUUCGAGCUCCUCAAGCUGCGCAAGCUCUCCGUCAACUCCAACAAGCUCAUGUUCCUGCCCUACUCCGUCUGCCACCUCACCAACCUCCGCACCCUCGACGUCCGCCUCAACUGCCUCCGUGCCCUCCCCGAGGAUCUCGAGAACCUCGUCAACCUCCAGGUCCUCAACGCCAGCCAGAACUUCCAGUACCUGGCCGUAUUGCCAGACUCCCUCGGCCUCCUCAUGUCCCUCGUCGAGCUCGACAUCAGCUACAAUGCCAUCACGGCACUGCCCGGCUCGCUCGGCUGCCUCCGCAAGCUCCAGAAGCUCUGCAUCGAAGGCAACCCCCUGGUUUCUCCGCCGGUAGAGGUGUUCGAGCAGGGCGGUUUGCUUGGGGUGAAGGAGUACUUGAGCGAGAAGAUGAACGGAGCUCACAGGGAUUCCCCCAAGAAGAAGUCGUGGUGGCUUGCGAGGCUCGUCAAGAACCGCACCUUCAACGGCCGCGGGCAGCUGCCCUCAGCCUCGCAUGAAGAAGACAACUUCAGCAGCGGCAGCCAGCCCAGUGGUGGUUACCGCCACACGGCCAUUGAAGCCCUGGCUUCGCCCAGGUACACCACCAUGUUUUCGCCUCGCCGCUUCCUCUCAACCAAAACAUACUUUACAAGAUAGAUAUAUAUAGAUAUCCAUCAAGCAAAUCGCCGGCCGGCCACCAAGGUUUUUGAAGGUUUCAGUGCAUGAAAUAUGAAUGCAUUUUAAAUUUUAAGUGCUUCAAUUAGGCUGUGUAGUUAACUGGUGGCAGACUGCGUUACACACACACACACACACACACACACAAACCUAGUCAUAUAUACGUACGGCCUGUGCACUUUUGUUAUUCUAUUACCCCUAAUUAAUUUUAUGUAUAUAUAUAUAUAUAUAUAUGCAUCCUAACAUUAUGGGUAUAUCAUCAAUCGAUCAGUGGUUCUGCUAGAUAAUUAAUUAGUUUGUUUUUGUGUUGUACAUGUAUAUAUAUAUAUAUAUAUGUGUGUGAGUGUGUGUGUGGCUCAUUAAUCUGUACGUAUAUGUAAAUGCUGUUGUAUUGGGCCGCAAUUGCCCUUGAUGUCUAUUAUGCAUUUUCAACAAGUACUUGGUCGUAUUGGAAUGAUUAGACAGAUAUAUUUAUAUAUAUAUAUAUAU